AUGUGUGUAUGGCCGAGUGCACAUAUCGAAAAGCAUCCGCCCACGGUCGACCCAUUCCAGUCCCACGACUAUGUGUCGGGCACGACCACCUCGUCCGAACUGGGAAGCAUCGUCCCGCAUUCGAACUUCUCGCUUACCAUGAUCCGUGUACCACGCACGAUCGCACCGUCCAACCAGGAAGGCAUCGUCCGGCGUCCUGCCAGAACGUUCAACCAAAUUUAUCCGCCCGGCCGAACCUUACGACCGAAUGAGAAAUCUCUCGGCCAUGAUCGACCAGAUCAUACCGAUGGCCGAUCACAACCCGACUCUCGGACGAACGUCCCGACCGACCGUCCGAACGGUCCAGUCGACCCGAAGCUGAUUUUGAAGCUUGUUUUACAAGUUUUAAAGCCCAAUUACUUGGCCGACUUUAUAGACCUAUGUCUAGCCGCUCUUCAAUACUUAGAGCAUUAUAAAUACAUCUUUUUAGCCUUGUAA